CCACCAUGUGAACCACCAACCAUUACGAUGCAGACCGAUUCAAUCGCAAACUCCGACUGGGAUGUCGUAAUUGAAGGCACUGGGUUGCCGCAGUCGCUCCUCGCGCUAGCACUGUCACGUUCGGGCAAGAAGAUCCUGCACAUCGACCGCAACGGCUACUACGGUGGUAACGAAGCUUCGUUCGGGCUCGCCGACGCCGAAGAGUGGGCAGCAAAGCAUGGCGGACCCGCGACCGCCGACUCGAGCUUCAGUUAUGCCUCCGUGAACAGGCCACAGAGCACUGGCGAGGCCCAGCUGGCAAGACCGAGAGCGUACGAGCUUUCCCUCGCACCUCAGCUGCUGUACAGUCGCAGUUCGUUGCUUGACGUCGUGGUUUCGUCCCAAAUCCACAACCAGCUUGAUUUUCAAGCGGUCGGCUCGUGGUUUGUUAUCGACCCCAGCACAAACGCCCUCGCUGCAGUACCGGGAAGUCGAGAAGACAUUUUCAGGGAUGACAAGAUUGAUAUGCGAGCCAAGCGCUCAUUGAUGAAACUGCUUCGGUCGUUGAAUUCAGAAGAUCCAGGCGAAGAGCUGGGAACACAGUCCGGCUUGGCUUUCACGAAUCACCUCCAACAGCAAUUUGGACUUCCUCCGGCCUUGCACUCGCCAGUGCUGGCGCUCAGUAUGAGCAUGUAUCCACCACAGGACAUCACAGUUGAGUACGCGAUGCCCAGAGUCAUUCGUCACUUGCGCAGCGUAGGCGUGCAUGCCCCCAGCUGUCCAGCAUUACUGCAAAGGUAUGGUGGGCUGGCAGAGAUCAUACAGGUCGCAUGCAGAGCGAAUGCCGUAGGGGGAGGUGUCUACGUGCUAGGUACUGGAGUCUCUAAGAUUCAGCCUGCGCCUGCUCACGACGAUAAGCUGAACAUUGAGCUCGACAAUGGCGAUCAUAUAUCAACGCGCUGGCAUGUUGGCGAGGGAACAUCAGUCACCGCUCUUGAAGAGGAUCAACGCCGCGUGGUAUCGAAGAGCAUUUCCGUCGUGGGCUCGUCGUUGAGCGCAUUGUUCAGACCCCUUGCAGCGGGCGCUGUAAUACCCGCCGGCGCUAUUGUCAUGGUAGCCGGGGACAGCGACGCAGAUCCUCCUGUCUUCGUUGUAGCUCAUUCGAGCGACUCUGGCGAAUGCCCAAGUGGUCAAAGUAUUCUCUACGCAUCUGUAGCUUGCGAACAACAAACAGGUUUUGCGCGUCUAGAGCGGGCGAUUGGCACCUUGCUGGAAAGCUUGCCAAACGAUGGAAAAGGCACAAUCCUGUGGUCAUUGAAGUAUCAGCAAACCUACACGUCUCAUCAGAGCGACGUUCAGCAGAACGAUCGCAUGAUUCUAUUGCCCAAGAUAUCCCCUGAUCUGGUCCUGGAGGAUGGCGUUGUAGAGAACGUGAAGGUGGCGUGGAAGCAGAUCAUCGGAGAGGAGGAUCUUGGCAGCUUCAUGCGUUUUGAAGCGAGAGAAGACAACAUGGACGAUGAUGAUGGAGAACACGAAUCAAGACAGCGUUAAUCUACGAAUACAUCAAUGACAGAAUCGCCAGCUUGAUUUAUUUCUCACCUG